UUAGACUGGGAUCUCGGUCUGGCCUAGGGAUUUAUAGCCAUAUUUCUGGAAAGAAAAGAAGAUUUACUAUCGGACAAUGAGGGAUUAUGAAUAAGAAGCCAAAGGUCUGGUCGCGACCCCAAGGCUCCCCUACUGUUAAAGUCAUGGACUAAAGAAGAGAGAGAGUGUGUGUGUGUGGCGGUGAGUGAAUGGGUGGGUGUGCAUGCGUGUGUGCGUGCAUGUGUGUGUGAACAAGUGUGGGUGUGAGUAUGUAAGUGUGUUUGAGCUGUUCACCAUAACCAUGGAGGUGAGGUGGCUGCUGAAGAACUUUUAGUGAGAAACGAUGAGAGCGUGAAGCUCUGGCUUCCACGAAGGUCACUGCUGCAGGCUGGACAGCGCAGCCACAUGAUCACAUGACUCUGGACAUGGAUGCGGUCCUGUCAGACUUUGUUCGGUCCACAGGGGCUGAGCCGGGUCUGGCACGAGACCUGCUAGAGGGCAAAAACUGGGACCUGAGCGCUGCUCUGAGUGACUACGAGCAGUUGCGGCAGGUCCAUACUGCCAACCUGCCCCGGGUGUUUAACGAGGGCCGUUACUACAAACAGCCAGAGCACAGCGGCACCCCCCAGCACCUUAACAAACUGGAGCCAUGCUUACAGAGGCAGGAGGAGAACACUCAGGAGAAACGUCUUUCUCGUGGCAUCUCUCAUGCCAGCUCUGCGAUCAUGUCACUGGCACGGAUGCACGUGACAGGCGAGUGUACCAGGGAGCAGUUGCCUCUGGAGAUGCCCAUCUACACCUUCCAGCUGCCUGACCUAAGCGUGUACAGCGAGGAUUUCCGCAACUUUAUCGAGCGUGACCUCAUCGAGCAGUCUACCAUGGUAGCCCUGGAGCAGGCAGGUCGUCUGAAUUGGUGGUCCACUAUAUGCACCAGCUGUAAGAAACUCCUUCCAUUAGCAACUACUGGGGAUGGAAACUGCCUACUGCAUGCUGCUUCCUUAGGGAUGUGGGGCUUCCAUGAUAGAGAUCUGGUGCUGAGAAAAAGUCUAUAUGCAAUGAUGAAAAGUGGGGCUGAGAGAGAAGCCCUGAAGAGACGGUGGAGAUGGCAGCAGACACAGCAAAACAAAGAGUCGGGGCUGGUGUACACGGAGGAGGAGUGGGAGAGAGAGUGGAACGAGUUGCUGAAGCUGGCCUCCAGCGAGCCUCGCACACAUGUCAGCAAAAACGGCAACGCCAACGGAGGAGUGGAUAACUCAGAAGACCCUGUGUAUGAGAGCUUGGAGGAGUUCCAUGUGUUUGUGUUGGCCCAUGUGCUGAGGAGACCCAUCGUGGUGGUGGCUGAUACGAUGCUUCGGGACUCUGGAGGAGAAGCAUUUGCACCUAUUCCAUUUGGGGGACUCUACCUGCCCCUGGAGGUGCCACCCAACCGGUGCCACUGUUCUCCAUUGGUGUUGGCAUAUGAUCAGGCCCACUUUUCUGCCCUGGUCUCCAUGGAACAGCGUGAUCAACAGAGAGAGCAAGCUGUCAUCCCUCUGACAGACUCCGAGCACAAGCUAUUAGCUCUACACUUUGCGGUGGACCCAGGCAGAGAUUGGGAGUGGGGGAGGGACGACAACGACAACGCCAAGCUGGCUAAUCUGAUCCUGUCGUUGGAGGCCAAGCUAAACCUCCUGCACAGCUAUAUGAAUGUAACAUGGAUUCGGAUACCAUCAGAGACAAGGGCUCCUCUUGCUCAACCCGAGUCGCCCACUGCUUCUGCAGGGGAAGACGUCCAGUCGCUUGCUGAAUCCAUGGAGUCGGACCGUGAAUCGGUCUGCAGUAACUCUAACCUCAACAAUGGCAAGUCCAGUAAAGACAAGGACAAAGAAAAGCAGCGGAAGGAAAAAGAAAAAGCUCGCACAGACUCAGUAGCCAACAAGCUGGGAAGCUUUAGCAAAACACUGGGCAUCAAGCUUAAAAAGAACAUGGGAGGUUUGGGUGGCCUUGUUCAUGGCAAAAUGAACAAAUCCGCCACACCGAACGGGCGUGCCUUGGACAGCAGUGAGCAGAAAUCCAAGAAAAAGGACUCCAAAAUACGCAAAGGGAGCAAAGAGGAGUCAGGCCAGUCAACAAGCACAUCUUCCUCAGAGAAAGCGACCAGCCCCUCUCCUACUGACAGAGCUUUGAGUAACUCCUCUGUAGAAAAUCAGCCCAGCUCAUGCAAAAUCCAAGAUGAACGGACAUUAGACAACUGGAAGUACAGUACAGAUGUUAAGCUAAGCUUGAACAUACUGCGGGCAGCCAUGCAAGGCGAGCGCAAGUUUAUCUUUGCAGGCCUCUUGCUUACCAGUCAUCGGCAUCAGUUUCACGAGGAGAUGAUCAGCUACUACCUUAGCAGUGCCCAGGAACGGUUCAGCACUGAGCAGGAACAGAAAAGAAAAGCCGAGGCUGAGAAAAAGCCCCAGACUAAUGGCUCCCUGAAGAAGCCAGAACAGGAGAGCUCAUUCCAAAGAGAGCGCUCAGAUAGCUCUCCUGCUGAGAGUUGCUCACCUGUCCUGCCUCCCAGCCAUAUCCACGCACUAAAGAACCAGGGGAGGAACAGUCCUACAUUUGCUGCUUCUCCCGUCCCUAUACCAAACUCCAAUCUGGCUUCAGUCCAGCGUUCGUCCAUGUCUCCUGUCCCCUUCUCCUCUCCCAGUAAUGGUGCUAAGAGACCCGAACCCAUCCCGGUGUCGGCCCAUUAUAGCCAUACACCACCCGUCCAGAGACACAGCGUCAUCCAUCUGCGUGAUGGCAGCAUGCAGUCAUCCAGCUAUCAAGACGAGACCUUCAAACCGCCGGUGGGAUCAUUGAAGACCUGUGCCACAUAUCCGCAGCAGAACCGCUCACUGUCCUCUCAAAGCUAUAGCCCAGCACGCAUGUCUGGGAUUCGAGUUGUCAACGCAGGUGAUUCCUUGCCAUACAACAUGCCCGGCGAGCACAAAUCCCACACCUAUACCAAUGGCUUCAAUGCUGCCCACAUCAGAGACAGUUUGGAGUUUGCUGAUGCAGAACUCACACAGCAUGCCUGGCUUGGUCAUGAGAAAUCCAAAAUACGCAGUGGAACCUGUCCGGUGUACUUUUUUCAGCAGAAACGCUGCAAAAGGGAGAACUGCUCUUUCUAUGGUCGACCUGAGACUGAGAACUACUGCUCCUACUGUUAUAAAGAGGAGCUGAAACGCAGGGAAAGGGAGGGCAAAGGACACCGGCCUGGAUAGCCCCACCCAUCCCAGUGCUCUCAGCACUGGUGUGUGUGCAAAUCUGGUUUCACUGUUGUCCUUCAUCGUGGCCAUUCUUUGUUCUAUGCGAAUUAUAGAAAAAUAUUGGCAUAGCAGUUUUCUAAUCGAUUUAGGAAUGAGCUCAUUGUAUUCUUGUUGCUGUUCACUCAAUAGCAAGUCAACACUGCAGUUUACAGCUUUGCCAGAGAUUGUGCUGUUGUUUUCUUUGUGAAAUUGUUUUUCGUCCAAAUUGAAAUUCUUUUACUUGUUCUAGAGUAAAAGCUGAUGUCUGUGCAUUUUGCUCAGUCUGUAAUAUAAAGAUUUCUUGUUUUAGCUGAAAGAAAUGUAAAAGCAUAUGUCAAUCUCCUCUGAGCUCCCCAAAACCUAAAGGGUAACUCAUUUGAAUGCAAUACUUCUCAACAUAGCUCUUUGAAUUCUCAGUAUCCAAUAACACCUUUCUUCUGUGCAUUGCAAAUAAUGAAACAGGAGGGACAACCAUCAUCAAGCAUGGGGUUUAAAAAAGCAAUAAGUUUGGUAAUGACCAACCCUCCCCAUUUUAACUAUGCAUUCAUUAUGUCAGCCAUAAUAUGUUGUCUUUGUGCAAUUUUAUCUGUUGAAUAUAAGAAUAUUGUACUAAAAUGUUUUAUUUAUGGCCCAUUGAAGUGUGCCUCCAGGAAUUGUGGAAUACGUGGGAUAAAGGCCAUAUCUGUUUAAAGGUUUGCAUUCAGUCAGUCAGUCCUCAGUACUGUGUGAUGCAGUGCAUUGCUGUAUUUUGCAAUACAAUGCAUUUAUGAGCUAUACAUAAAGUAAAACUACUUAUGAAAAAAAUAUGCCUUGAAGGUCCAACAGUAUAAUGAAAAACAAACCUUUGUACAUUCCCUUUCAACUUUAUUAAGAACACAUGUACAGCUGCUCAUUCAUGUAAUCAUACAGUUAAUAUCAGGUUCAAGUGAACAGGCUAGUUUUAACUAUGGCAGAAACCCUUGAUUUGUAUUUUAAGCAUCUUAGAACACACAGAAUCUUUUAAGUAGAAAAAAUGGAUGAGGGCUUCACUGCUGUCAGCCAAAAAUAGGAAUCUACUACAGUAGGCACAGGCACAUUGCCAGUUUCUCUUCAACAUGCAGUUGGUAGGGUCAGAAUUUGGUAUAAACUACAUGAAUCCAUAGACCCAACCUACUUUUUGUAAACAAGUAAGGCUGGUGUUGGUGGUAUAAUGGUGUAAGGAAUGGUAUACAUUGGGGGGCAUACAUUGCCCCCCACUUCAGUACAAUUUGAGCAUGGUUAUACUCAACCUAUACUGAUUCUGACACUGGGCAUUGUACCAUGCAACAAGCAUAUGUCAUCUCAGAUUCCAUAAUGUUACCAGAUAUGAAUCCAAUAGAGUGGCUAAGAAAUGCAGUUAAAUUGGAGAUUUGCAGCACAAACAUACAUUUGGCAAAUAUACAGCAAUUACAUGAUCCAGUCAUGUCAGCACUGACCAAAUCUUAAAGAAAUGUUUCAACAGAAAGAAAAGUAAGUCCUUCCUAUUAUCAGUAUGGUGUUCCUAAUAAAGUGGCAAGUGAGUGUACACUGGAGAAGUUAACUGAAAGUAAAACCAGACCGAAAUCGAAUGUUUGUCAUAACCUGUUACACAUUGCUAUGGUUUAUGUAAUGCCUGUCUUUCAUUAUACAGUAUAUUCUCUAGCCCAUAACCCAGAAGCAAUUAUAUAGCUUUCUGUAGUUGCCCUAAGAAACAUGUGUGCCUGUUUAAAUUUAUCAGGUAUUGUGUUGAUUGGCAUAAUUACCAAAAAGUAGCUAAAUCCGUCUAUAAGGGCCAUAUUCAGAGUUGAGAAAGGUGUGCACAUUAAGGAGUAAAUAUCAGAAUUGCACUGAUAAAACAAUACUGUGGCUGAAAAAAACAAAAACACACACAAACAACACAAUGCCAAACAAAAAUGAGCCAGUGGAGAGCUGACACUAAGGCCGGAAUUUAAGGAGCUCUCAUAUUUGUAGCAAAUCAAAAUUUAAUGAGGUGGCCCUAAUGGCAUGGCAGGUGGGCAUGAUACUGCUCCACUGCUCUACACAGUGGCUUUGUGCCAGUAUUAGAAUUAAUUCAUAAUCAUAUGCUUUCUGGCGCUGUUAGGGCAAUAAUACAUGAGUACUAAAAAUGCAGCAUAU